UGCCCUCUUUUAGCUUGAUUUACUCAUCCUUCGCCCUCAUCUCCAACAGAACCUAAAGAACCUCUCUAUAAAUCAGAUUCUGAUCUCAUCCUUUCUAUGUAUCACUUUCAUUAUCGCUUCGCGCGCAAAAAACAAAUCAUUGCAAACCGAAGUAGAAACGGGAAGGGAGAAUUUCGAUCGGAGCUCCGGCGGAUCACGUUGCGCACCUUACUGUCUAACACUUUCAAUUCGGAUCAGUGACCUCGUCAUCAUCGUCUUUCCAGAUUGAAAUUAUUUCGGUGCAGGACGAUAGGGUUCUUCUUUUUUGCUUCAACCAUGAAGGGCCAUGAACCCAAGAUGCCAAGAAUGGAGGAUAUCCUUAAUCUUCCGGUGCAAGAUCCACCUUGUGCAGAGUUUGCUGCGACCCAUAUAAAGUGGGUGAAAAUAGAAGGUGGUCGUCAAGGUGGUGAUGAUAUUGCUCUUAUUCCUUUUGCUAGAGUGGAUGAUUUUGUAAAAGGAGAAUCUUCAAAUGCAGAAUGCCCUGCCCGUUUCCGCAUUGAGUCAAGGAGGAAGAGAUCUGAAGGGAGCAUCAGCAAACCAAGGGUUGAUGGCUAUCUUGAAUAUACACUAUAUUGGUGUUCAUAUGGUCCUGAAGACUACCGAGAUAGUGAGUCUGGUAUAGGGGAUAGCUCUAACAUCAAACCUGCAACUGGGAAGGGAAGCAGGCCUGGAAGGCGCCAUAUGAUGAGAGGUUGCCUUUGCCAUUUUACUGUAAAACGCUUAUACACCCGUCCCUUCCUGGCUCUUAUCAUAUAUAAUCAAAGAAAACACGUGGAUAAAAUAGGGGCUCCUUGCCAUGGGAUACUUGAUCUGGAUGCUGUGGGGACAAGAGCUAUGUAUGCUCCAAGGAUUUCAGAAGAAUUGCGCCAGAAAGUAAUGUUUAUGCUUUAUGUUGGAAUAUCUUUGGACAAUAUAAUACAACAUCAUGCUGAGGUGGUGCAUGGCCAUGGUGGCCCACACAACCGUGAUGAUUUUCUCACUCGGAAUGAUGUUCGUAACAUGGAAAGGGUUGUUCGUAAUUCUUCACACAAAUUGCAUGCAAAUGAUGAUUGCAGUGUAAAAGUGUGGGUGCAGCGCCAUCAGAAGUAUGUUUUUUACUUCCAAGAUAAUUCUAAUGCCAAUCCAUUUAUUCUGGGUAUACAGACAGAUUGGCAGUUGCAGCAGAUGCUCCGUUAUGGGCAUAGUGGUUCUGUAGCUUCUCAUUCAACAUUUGGCUUGAAGAAACUUAAGUAUCCCCUGUGUACUUUACUUGUUUUUGACUCAUCUCAAAAUGCAAUUCCGGUUGCGUGGGUCAUUACCUCGUUGGCUAGUCAAGAUAUCCACAAAUGGUUUGGUUCUCUAGCUGAAAAAAUCCAGACCAAGGAUCCCAGAUGGAGGCCCAAUGCCUUUCUAGUUGAUGAUCCUUCCCUUGACAUUUCUGUCAUAAGAGAGGCUUUCCAUUGUCGGGUGCUAUUAUGCACCUGGCAUGUUCGUCGUGCUUGGAUAAGAAGCCUUUUAAAGAAAUGCUGCAACAUUGAUGUGCAGCGAGAGAUGUUUAAGCACUUAGGCUGGAUUUUGUAUUGUACAAGAAGUGGACCAAAUGUUGUGGAUGCGAUUGAAGAGUUCAUGCAAGUAUAUGUUGACCAAAGUGUCUUUAUGGAUUAUUUCAAGAGGAGGUGGUUACCAUAUAUAGAGUUGUGGGUUAAUGGCAUAAGGUCUCUUCCUGUGGCUGGUGCAGAGCCCCUGGCUGCAAUUGAAUCCUAUCACACGAGGUUGAAAUUAAAGCUUUUUAAUGAGCGACAUUCCAAUUCCUGGAUGAGGAUUGACUGGUUAAUCCACACUUUGACCACUGAAUUUCACUCCUUAUAUUGGUUAGAUCAAUACAGUGAAGAAAGUGGGUAUUUUGCAAAUAUAAGGGACGAGUCUUUCUUAACUAAUUCCUGGCAUCAGGCUUUGCAUAUUUCCGACAUUGAUGUGAUGUUGGAUGAGCAAAAUCUCCAACUUGCAAAAGUCAUCUCUCAAACUGACAGAAGUCGGGCAUAUACAGUUUGGAAUCCUGGUACAGAAUUCUCCCUCUGUGACUGUCCCUGUUCAAGGCUGGGGAAUCUUUGUAAGCAUGUCAUUAAGGUGGCAAUCUUAUGUAAAAGUCGGCAGGUUGCAAGGCCGCUAUUGGCAGUUCAAGUUUAUCGGCAGGCCUUGCUUACCCUUCUGCAGAAUCCUCCUGAUGAUCCUCUAGUUCUCGAGCAUGCAAUUUUGCAUGCAACACGCUUGCAACACGAUAUCAAAGGCUUGGAAGACUUGUCUAACAGUGGUUUGCUCCAGCCUUUACCUCCUGAAGUGAACCCUCAAAUAGGAGAGAAUCUGCUUUUUCCACGUUUUCUUUGAUUGGGCCUUUGAAAGUGUGCUUUGAAAAGUUCAGUUCCUGCGUGCAUGAAUUUCAGAUUCUUCAGCAGUGUAGAUACAUUGCAUUGACUUCCGUAUUUCGCUGUAUCCUUAACUGGGGCAUGGAGAGAGAGAGAGACACGCACACACACACACACA